AUGGCGCCGCCGCCGCCCGCCCCGGCUCUUCCCGCCCGCCGGGGCGGCCCCGUGAGCCCUGGGCAGCCCGGGCAGCCCGAGCGGCGCCGGCCCCGCCGGCGGACGGUCCCGCGGCGGCUCCUCGCAAGAUGGCGGCGGGCGGGCGGGCUGAAGGGCCGGGGCUGGCCUGAGCUGCACUCUCAGCCCGCCCAUCGCCCUCUGCCCUUCCCCGCCGCCAUGCCGGCCCGCCGCCGCUUCCUGACGCUGCUGCUCGCCGUGCUCUGCCCGCUCGCCCUCAGCCUCCGCCAUGCGCCCUCCAAGAUCGCCGUGGUGGGCGGCGGGAUCGGCGGCUCGGCCGCCGCCUAUUUCCUGCGGCAGAAGUUCGGCCGCAGCGUGCAGCUGCACGUGCUGGAGAAGGCAGCGCUGGGCGGCCGGCUGGACACGCUGGACGUGGAGGGGGCCAGCUACGAGGCAGGAGGGUCUGUGAUCCACCCCCUCAACCUGCACAUGAAGCAUUUUGUCAAGGAGCUUGGCCUCUCGGUCGCCACACCCGAGGGCAGCCUUGCAGGCGUUUACAACGGGGAGGAAUUUGUGUUUGAGGAGAGCAGCUGGUCCUUCAUCAACCUCCUCAAGCUGCUGUGGCACUACGGCCUCAACCCCCUGCGCAUGUCCAUGUGGGUGGAGGACAUCCUGGACAAGUUCAUGAGGAUCUACCGGUACCAGAUGCACGACUACGCCUUCAGCAGCAACGAGCGCCUGCUGCACGCCCUGGGCGGCGACGACUUCACGCGGCUGCUCAACCAGAGCAUCGACGAGGCCAUGCAGAAAGCAGGGUUCUCCCAGAAAUUCAUCAACCAGGUGGUGGGUCCGGCCAUGAGGGUGAAUUACGGCCAAGGGGUCGCCAUCCCUGGCUUUGUAGGUGCUGUGUCCCUGGCCGGGGUGCAGUCGGGCCUUUGGUCUGUGAAAGGGGGGAACAAACUCGUGUGCUCCGGCCUCAUCUACUCCUCCAAGGCCAAGGUUAUCCCUGCAACAGUCGUGUCCAUAGAGCCAAAAACCAGACACAACCGUGACGGGGACCCGGUGAAGCUCUACGAGGUCACCUACAACACGUCCUCGGGGCUCACAGGGGACACCUACGACAUCGUGGUCAUCGCGGCGCCGCUCGGCCGCAAGAUGGCCAACAUCACCUUCCGCAACUUCGACCCUCCCAUCCCGGAAUUCCCCAAUCCCUACCACCAGACCGUCACCACCUUGGUGCACGGGCGCCUGAACACCUCCUUCUUUGGCUACCAGGACCCCCAGGAUUUUCACCUUGGUGCCAUUUUCACCACAGAAAACCCCAAACUGUUCAUCAACAGCCUGGGUGUGGUGUCUCCUGUGGGGGACACGGGCACGGGCGGGCAGCUGCCGUUGCCCUCGGCCGUCUGGAAGGUGUUUUCCAACGAGGAGCUCAGCAAGGAGCAGCUCAGUUUGCUCUUCUCCUCCUACGACUCGGUGAAGGUGAAGCCGUGGCUGGCCUAUCCCCAGUACAGCGCUCCCGAGAAGUUCCCUCCCAUCGUCCUGCACGAGCAGCUCUACUACCUGAACGGGCUGGAGCGCGCCGCCAGCGCCAUGGAGAUGAGCGCCAUCGCUGCCCGCAACGCCGCCCUGCUCGCCUUCCACCGCUGGCACGGCCACAGCGCCAGCGUCGACCAGGAGGACCUGCACGAGAGGCUCAAAACGGAGCUCUGACACUCCCCCAGGGCUUAAUUAACACUAACGAACUCUGUGCUGCGCCCCUCCAAGGAGGUGUUCCCUAGGAUCACGGGAUUCCUACGGUUGGAAGGUCUUCAAGAUCAUAAUGACCUUCAAGAUGCCGUAAUUAACUCUAAUGAACUCCAUACUUUGUCCCUCCUAGGAGGUGUUUCAUGGGAUCAUGGGAUCCUUAAGGUUGGAAGGUCUUUAAGACCAUCAAGACCUUCAAAAACAUCAAGACCUUCAAGAUCUUCAAAAUGCUGUUGUUAAUUCUAAUGAACUCCAUACUUCACCCCUCCAAGGAGGUGUUUCAUGGGAUCAUGGGAUCCUUAAGGGUGGAAGACCAUCAAGACCUUCAAGAUCUUCAAGAACAUCAAGAUGAUCAAGAUGCUGUAAUUAACUCUGAAGAACUUCAUCCUUCACCCUUCCAAGAAGGUCUUACAUAGGAUCACGGAAUCCUUAAGGUUGGAAGAUUUUCAAGACCCUCAAGAUCAUCAAGACCUUCAGGAUCUUCAAGAUCAUCAAGACCUUCAAGGUAUGAACUCCAUACUUUGCCCCUCCAAGGAGAUGUUUCAUGGGAUUCUUAAAGUAAGAAAAGCAUCAAGAACUUCAAGACCAUCAAAACCUUCCAGGUCAUCAAGACCCUCAAGAUCAAGACCCUCAAGAUCAUCAAGACCUUCAGGAUCUUCAAGAUCAUCAAGACCUUCAAGGUGCCGUAAUUAAGACUAAUGAACUCCAUACUUCGCCCCUCCAAGGAGAUGUUUCAUGGGAUUCUUAACGUAGGAAGAGCAUCAAGAACUUCAAGACCAUCAAAACCUUCCAGGUCAUCGAGACCUUCAAGAUCAAGACCCUCAAGGUCAUCAAGACCAUUGGCCCAACCGCGUUCACCAUUGACAAUCUCCUCAAGUGCCGCGUCCAUGCGUUGUUUGGACACUUCCAAGGCUUGAUGACUCUGCCACAACCCAGGCUGGACAACCCUUCCUUCCAUGAGAGAAUUCCUCCCAAUAUCUCAUCUUGACGUCCCCUGGUGCCACCUGGAAGCUGUUUGGCCACCUCUGGAGGGAACAGGAGCAGUGAAGUGUUCCCAAGUAAGCUGGGACAUUUUCCUCACGCAAAUUCCUGAGUUUUCCUCAAACUCCUUGGUUUAUCCCUGUCUGAGAUUAGGGAAUUCAUUAAAAGUGCCAUAUUGACCCCAAAAGUGCCCUCCAGCUGGGAAUAUCGACUCCCUGGCUGUCCAUCCCUCUGCCCCAACAUUUCCUGCCAAAGAAAAAUUCCUCAGGGAGAAGAUGGGGUGCUGGGAGCUGCCAAAAUGGGUGGGAAAGAGGAAUAACCACCAACAUCCGUCACUGUGUUCAGGUAUGAAGGAGUUAAUAAAGAAUUUAACCAUU